AUGGCGAGUUCCUACCCGAGUACGCACUCUUCCAAGGGGAAGAAGCUCCCCGCAUUCCGGAAUAUGGUCAUCCCCCCAGAGUCGCCUGUCGAUGAGUCGACACUGAUGCCCACAGACUACCGCACAACAAUCCACUUUUUGACGUCUCCAUCGCCAUCAACAGCGACCGCGCCCACAGCAUCUGGCAUGACAUCAUUGACCGCCAGCGCAAUGGACAUUGAUACUGUCGGCGGAUGCAGCCCCAACUCCGUGCCGGUCAGCGCGCUCCUAUCGUCAUCCGAGGCCCUCAAUGACUACAGCACAGCAUACCACAGCUCAGCAUCCAGCAGCCCGGCGCCGGCGUCGGCACCAAAGCCCCGCAACUUGAUCUCUCUGCCAUCUAUUCAAUCUCUCGGCAGCAAUAACAGCCCGCGGUACCGCGACGAUGAGAUUGCUGGCAUGGCUGGCCUCAUGGAACUCGCAGGACCUGAUACCAAGGGCUAUGGCACAGAAUCUUCCAGAUACUCAUAUGGGCCCAACGCUGCAGCACACCUUGGGUCAGUUUCGGAGACGAAUAGCUCAAGAAGCUCAAGCAAUUCCACUUCCCACAACGCCCCGUCUGCCCACAAUAGUUUACACAGAAAUGGUUCCUCGUUUGGCGUGCCACAUCCUUCUUCCGACCAUCAGCAACAUCACCAUUAUAACCAACAGCAGCUCCAGCAGCAUUAUGCCCAGCAGAACUACUAUAUCCAGCAACAGUACCAACAGCACCAGCAACGGCAGCAGCAACAGCAACAGCAGCAACGGCAGCAACAACAGGGUUCGCGGUUUGCCAUGCAUCAUCACAGCGCCUCACCGAUGGGGCUGGCGCAUUCGGCGACGCAUACUUCAUUGACAUCGCCCAACAGCACGAUGUCGCGCAACACGCACAAAGCCACACGUAGUUUCCCGGCAACCAUUGAUGAGGUGCAGGUAUCUCGCCGGCGCUCUCAGAGCACUACGGACAGCGCACAGCACGGCAUGUACUCACUCAGCAGUGCCCUGCCCUGUGUACUGGGCAACGCCAAUAUCCGUACGCGGUCCUACACCCAGACACAGCGGCAGCGCACCAGCGACACACCUCUCUUCCCAAUUCUCCUUUACCGCAUCAUCAACGAUGAGAAUAAUGAGGAGUGGAUUAGGUGGUGUGAAGACGGCCAGGCGUUCAAGUUUUCAUCUGCCGACAAUCUGCUCAGCUGCUUGCAGGCGGCUGGGCUGAGGGCGCAGAACUACCAUUCUAUUGAAAAGAACCUGAACGAUUAUCGAUUUGUUAGACUGACCGAUCAGCGGAGAAAGAUUCCAGAUCCCGAUGGCAAAUUGUGGUGGAUGUUUUCGCAUUCGCAGUUUUUGAGAGACUCACCGGAUGGGAUUAUUAGUAUUCAACGGAGAAGGAGAACUAAUCCGCCAGCGAUGGGUGGAAUAUUGCCGCCGCCGCCGCCAGCGGCUGCGCAUCCAAUGCCCCAUCCGUUGCCUUUGCCCACGCAGGAUCAGUACUCGUUGCCGUUGCUGUCAGAUAGCAAUGCUAGUCUGAUGCAGCAACAUCAACAGCAACAGCAACAGCAACAGCAACAGCAACAGCAACAGCAACAGCAACAGCAACAGCAACAGCAACAGCAGCAGCAGCAACAACAACAGCAGCAGCAGCAGCAGGGCCAGUACUGUGUUAUUUAA